AUGUUAAACAUUGCCUUAACAUAUAAUAAUAUGGCCAAUAUUUUCAAUGAAAGAAGUGACUAUAGUUUAGCUAUAGAUUGUUAUUUGAAAGCGCUCGGCAUUGAAGUUAAACUUUUUUCAGUGGAUCAUUUUCAUAUGGCGGUGACUUAUGGUAAUAUAGCAAUUGCAUAUGAUGGUCAAUGUAAUUAUACAACUGCCGUUGAAUAUCACCAAAAAUCUCUAGAUAUUUUGUUAAAAUCCGCGACAAUAAAUCAAGAAGGAUUGUCUACAACUUUAACAAUGCUUGAGAAAACACUUGAAAUAAAAUUAACUCGUCUGUCUUCUGAUUACUUCGAGCUUGCAGCCUUAUUUAAUAAUAUUGGUUUAAUGCAUUUCAACUUGGCACAUUAUGGAAAAACAUUAGGAAACUAUAAUCUAGCACUGGCUAGUGGUUUGAAAUCGUUACCAAAAUAUCCCAAUUACUUUGCACAAAUCUACGAUAAUAUCGAAGUUAUAUCUAAAGCGGCCGAAGACGAAGCAACAGCAAUAAAAUACUUUUAA